AGCUCUGAGAUUCAGUGGUGAGCUUAGGAGUUUGGAAACAGAAGAUUUUCAACUAUGAACGCAGCAAAAACAGCAUUUCUACUCUUCUUGUUUGGUUGCUUUGCAUUCGGGCUUUGUAAAAAAUACAAAGUGUUUGUUAUGACCGGUUACCGUGGCACCAGUUCCCGCGUUGAGCUUCGAUUAAUUGGUGAAAAAGGUCAGACAGCAUCACAUGUUGUGAAACCAAACGGAGGAGCAUUUAAAACUUACAGUAAGAACAUAUUUGAUAUAGAUGACAAAGACGUUGGGAAAAUAACCGCAGUUGAAGUCCACCUGAGUAGUGGAUUAUGGUAUAUAAGAAAAAUAUUUGUUAAGUUGUCAGUGGGAGGAAAAAAUGUUUACAAGUCUUUUAAUUAUGAAAAGAUGGUUUCAUCAGGUUGGACAACACUCGGAGUUAAGUGUACAAAAGGCUAUACUAAAGGAUCGAAUGGCCAAUGUAUAGAUAUCGACGAAUGUAAAACCACAAAACCUUGCAAAGAUUCAUUAGCUACGUGUCAAAAUACUAUUGGUUCAUAUCAAUGCACAUGCCCACGUGGUUACAGAGAGUCCUAUGGCUAUUGCUAUGAUAUCAACGAAUGUCUUUAUGGCAAAAUAUGUGACUACAACUGUGUCAACACCCCAGGCUCUUACCGAUGUGAAUGCAGGAGCGGUUACAAACUUGACGAAGGAAAAUGUGUCGAUAUUGAUGAGUGUAARGAUGGAACGGACAGUUGUGACAGAGUGUCCACCCAAUGCGUCAACUACAAAGGAAGCUUCUUCUGUAAAUGCAAACCAGGCUAUAAAUGGGUCGCCAAUUAUCGUUGCGAAAUUAACUUUUGCGGCGCUCAAAAGACAGACAACAUAACAACUUACUCACCAGCACGCUGUUUAAAGGAAAACGCUAACAAAGAAGGCGAUGUCUGCACCAGAGGAUGUGUCUAUGGUUAUGAGCUGCAUAAUCCUUCUCAAUUUCGCACGAUUCAAUGUGAAGAUGGACGUUGGAAGGGUUGGUUUUCAAAUGUGUAUUGCGAAGGCAGGAGAUGCCCAGCUCUUCCUAAAGUUCAAAAUAGCUAUUACAUUCCUUCCGACUGUGGAACUACCGGUGAACGAUACAAAGGAAGAACAUGUAGACAAUACUGUAAUAAUGGAUACAGGAAAGUCCAAGGAGACGAUGCACGUGUAUGUCAGAAGGAUGGCACGUGGAAUGGAUCACCAAUAUCAUGCAAGAGAAUUUGGCCAGAUCCUUGGAUUAAUUGUCCUUUUACUAUCUUUGCUGAUCUUCCACCUGGCAAAAACACAACUUCAGUGGGCUCCAAGUGGGAGCUUCCCCGAUCGAAUUAUAAAAACUUCACCGUUGUUUCUCCUGUUGGAGCUGGUGGUCAGUACCAGUUUCCCGCCGGUGAAACGAGAGUCGAGUGGGCCGUCACUAAUCCUGAUGGCAAAACCAAGAAAUGUUGGUAUAAUGUGCGAGUUCAUGACAAAGAGCCACCAAAGAUAGUUUCCUGCCCUGCUCCAACAGUAUACCACCCAGUGUAUACUAAAGGUCCAUAUCAUAUUACCUACAAAGAACCAGAGUUCUCUGACAAUGUUGGCGUUGUUAAAGUUUAUAAAACUUAUGUCAAAAAGACCUAUAACACUACUGGUGGACACUCGUCUCAGUAUUUUAAGGCCGUUGACAAGGAAGGGAACAGCGUAAGUUGUGUGUUCGAUGUUGCAAUUGGAGGUGAGUAUUAUAUACCUAUUUCAAAAAUGGUUGUCGGAUAAAUUGCCAAUAAUUGUCAAACGGUGGAUUGUAAGAGCAAAGGUAGCCAUUGGUUUUGUUAAUUAAUGGGAAAGAACAACUGAUUUAUACUAUAAGAUAGUCUGUGGUAAACACUGGUUUCUUUUUGUCUCCAUUUCUAUUCAAUGAUAAUUAAUUUGUUUACGUAACAAUGUUAUAUAGUCUGUUUCAGUCGUGCAUUCUCCCUUGAGCAAUCGCCAUUAUUUUGAAAUUGGUGUAUAAACACAACAUAUGUUGUUGUAAUUGUUUUUAACUGCCUUGAUGACCCAGUGUAAGAAUAUCUGAAUUGCUAAAUUGGUUUUUCAUCUCAGAAUAAAGUUUAUUAU